AGUAGCACCACAGGCGGCUGCUGCACAAAGAGGGACAGCUGCAUGAAUAAAAAUUAAAAGAGAAGGACAACUAUUCAAGCUAGCACCCGGCUCUCCUUAGAUUUUUAAAUUUAGUGCAUUUUUUUUCUUUUCAAGUUUUAUAUUUAUAUUUUUAUUGAAGAGGGCCCUUUGUGUGAAAAAAAGAGAAAAUGACGAGUCUGCUGAGCAUCACAAUAAUCUCCCUGAUCCUGGUUGCCAGUGCAUACAGUCAGGUGACGAGCUCUCCCCCACCACUGCCAGUUAAGGUUUUUGCUGACCUAGGUGACAACGUCACCUUGCCCUGCCGGCUCCUGGCCAAGGACACCAUGUCCUUUGGCAGCAUUGGUAUCCGAGUCAAAUGGACCAAGGUGGCAGAUGACGAGGCACUGAACGAGGAUGUGCUGCUUUCAAUGGGAUUCCACAAGAAGUCCUACGGCAGCUUCGAGGACCGCGUCUUUUUGCAGGAGCUCGACAGUGAAGACGCCUCCUUGGUGAUAACUGACGUCUCAAUGGAAGACAUGGGAAAAUACCACUGUGAGAUCAUCAACGGGGUGGAAGACACCAUCCAAGAGAUUAUCUUGGAGGUGCAAGGUGGUCUCACUGAUGGUGUUGUGUUCCCAUACUCCCCCUAUUCGGGCCGCUACAACCUGAACUUCGAGGACGGUGUGCGGGCCUGUGUGGAGCAGGAUGCUGUGAUCGCCAACUAUGAUCAGCUGGUUGAGGCCUGGAAGGGCGGCCUGGACUGGUGCAACGCCGGCUGGUUGAAUGAUGGCACAGUGCAGUAUCCCAUCACCGUACCCAGAGAGCCUUGUGGUGGCUCCAACAAUGGGCCUGGUCUCAGAAGCUACGGCCGCCAGCACAAACUGCGCCACUUUGACGUGUUCUGCUACGCCUCUGCGCACAAGGGACGUUUCUAUUGGCUGGUCCAACCCGACAGGCUGACCUUUGACGAGGCUGUGCAGGCGUGCUUAGACGACGGUGCGGAGAUCGCCAAGGUGGGCCACAUGUACUCCGCCUGGAAGCUCGAGGGCUACGACCGCUGCGAUGCCGGCUGGUUGGCCGAUGGAAGUGUCCGCUACCCCAUCUCCAGGCCUCGCAAGAACUGCAGCCCCACAGAAGCUGCAGUGCGCUUUGUUGGAUUCCCAGAUAAAAUGCAAAAGUCUUACGGCGUCUACUGCUUCAAGGCUGAGCAGUGAGAGGGGUAGAUGAGAGUAGAGAAGCCAUAACCACCAAAGAGCAGCAACAACCACAACCAGUAAAAUCAACAAUAAAGCAUACAAGCUUUGGAUCUUAACUAGCAUGAACUCAGUACCUAUCUGAAACUGUGAUAACCCUUUUUAAUGCCUAAAAAACAAAUACUGUACGUCUUACAUCCAUAUGCAAUGAAUGAGAAAUCAUUUUGUAGCCAUUAAGUUUGGUUUUGUUUUUUUUUUCUAACUGUGCAUUCAUUAAUUUUACAGACUGUUGGGGAAAAGGCAACAGUGUUAACGUAUGAGUUAUGUGACAGAGACAAGAACUUGAUGGUUGCGACACAUCAUCCAAGUUUGGUUUGUCCUCCACAGAAUGAUUAGAUGUGUGACGUUCAAGAUUUGGAGCAUUGAUGCUUACGCACAGAUGGUGUUCGCUGCUUUAACAUUCAUCUAAAAAAACAAAGCGAUGACAUCAGCGAAAGGUCUUAGUUUGAUUGCACAGUCAUGACUUGGCUGCCCCUGUUGAGCUACAGAUAUAUACAUGUCAUAUCGCAGUAAGUAUACAGCUGGAUUGAUCAAAGUUGAAGUUCUCUUUUUUUCACCUCUUAAACUGCCAAAAGGUUUUUUUUCCACCUGAGGAGUUGAGAUCAAAUUUACUGUUUAACAUGAAAAUGAAUGUAAAUGUCUUUAUGGACUGUGACCUAUUCUGCUCCCAUUAGAUCAACUCCCAGUUACAAUUUGAUAGAAAUUUUUACUAUUGUAACCUUAUGUUUGUUCAUGUUAACAAAAUGUUUUUACUUUUUUAAUGAUGUUUGUAACUAUAGGGUUUUUUUUUACAUGUUUGUAGAGUCCUUUUUGAAGCGCAAAAAUACAGAUUCUGUAGUGUAGUUUUUAGACAUCUUACAUCUGGCACAUAAAAAAAUGGCAAGAUUUCAGCCAGUUAGUGAAUGCAGAAUAAGUACAGAUUUUACCAUUUUUUCCUGAAUGCAACCUUUCACCAAAACGUAACCCUGAUUGUCUAACAGUUCCCUGAGAUAGACACACUACUAUUAGAGUAGUUACAAGUACAACUGAAAAACGUAUUGGCUGAAAUCCACUCUGACUGCAGUUUCACAAAUUCUAUGAGGUUAUGAGCUAUAAAUGGCACAUUUCCACUGGCGCUCUAUUCUUUGAGAGACCUGAGUAAUACUGAUGAUCACUUACGCUCCUAAAGAAGGAUUCAAAGAUAGUCAUGCUGCAGUGACUGGAUCUGAAAAAGGGAUUGGGAAUAAAAACAACAACAAAAAAUCCUAAUAGUUGACGUAGUAGCAUGUUUUGGACAUACAGAGCUGGUUAAUCUAAAGGUGUGCAACAACCAGAAGAUUGCACCCCUUUUAUACAUCAGUUACAAGAAAUAAUUGGAUGUUUUGCUUUUUGUUACAUUAUCCCUUCAUACUUUUUCUAACUCUAGGCACUGACAUACGGUACACACUGCAGGUUACAUGUGGUAAUAUGGUGAUGCAUCGUUUGUAAAAGCAAAACUUAAAAAUGUUACACGUGUACACACUUGUGCAUGAAAAAAGGUGAAGGUAUUUUUGUAUCUUAACGCCAUGUACCUUUCUCAACAAAGCAGUUUGAAAUAAAGAAUACAACC